CUAGAGACGCGCGCCAUUCCCCCUACAUCCCCCCCAUCCCCAAAUCCUUGCUUGGACCAAGCACUCCCGCCACCGUCACCCAACCCCCCCCCUUCCCGGGACUCUCCGCGUGAAGCGCAGCAGCGGCAGGUGCAGGGAGCCCAGGAUAAGAAUCUGCUUUCAAAACAUUGCUCAGAUACUAAGGAAAGAUCUUUCCUUGUUCAUGGAGUUUUUCAUCAGUAUGUCUGAAACCAUUAAAUAUAAUGACGACGAUCACAAAACUGUAUUUCUGAAAACAUUAAAUGAGCAACGAUUGGAAGGAGAAUUUUGUGACAUAGCUAUUGUUGUAGAAGAUGUAAAAUUCAGGGCCCACAGGUGUGUUCUAGCUGCUUGUAGUACCUAUUUUAAAAAACUUUUCAAAAAACUGGAAGUUGACAGCUCAUCUGUAAUUGAAAUAGAUUUCCUUCGAUCUGAUAUAUUUGAGGAAGUGCUCAAUUAUAUGUACACAGCCAAAAUUUCAGUUAAGAAAGAAGACGUCAAUUUAAUGAUGUCAUCUGGUCAGAUUCUUGGUAUUAGAUUUUUGGAUAAACUCUGUUCUCAAAAGCGUGAUGUAUCAAGUCCAGAAGACAAUUCACAGUCAAAGAAUAAGUAUUGUCUUAAAAUAAACAGACCAAUUGGGGAGUCUAAUGAUAACCAAGAUGAUGAGGUUGAAGAAAUUGGUGAUCACGAUGAUAGUCCAUCAGAUAUGACAAUGGAAGGAACUCCUCCUAGUCAAGAGGAUGGUAAAUCACCAACUGCUACUUUAAGAGUUCAGGAAGCAAUUCUGAAGGAGCUGGGGAGUGAAGAGGUUCGAAAAGUGAACUGCUAUGGCCAAGAAGUUGAGUCUAUAGAGUCUGCUGAAACUAAAGAACUAGGAUCACAAACUCCUCAAGCUCUAGCAUUUAAUGAUGGCAUAAGUGAAGUAAAGGAUGAACAGACACCAGCAUGGACAACAGCAGCUGGAGACAUGAAAUUUGAAUAUUUGCUUUAUGGUCACAGGGAACAAAUUGCAUGUCCAGCGUGUGGCAAAACAUUUUCUGAUGAAGCACGAUUGAGAAAACAUGAAAAACUCCAUACUGCGGAUAGGCCCUUUGUUUGUGAAAUGUGCACUAAAGGCUUCACCACUCAAGCCCACUUGAAAGAGCAUCUAAAGAUCCACACAGGCUAUAAGCCAUAUAGCUGUGAAGUAUGUGGAAAGUCUUUUAUUCGUGCACCAGACCUAAAAAAGCACGAGAGGGUUCACAGUAAUGAAAGACCAUUUGCAUGCCACAUGUGUGACAAAGCUUUCAAGCAUAAGUCCCACCUGAAAGAUCAUGAAAGAAGACAUAGAGGGGAGAAGCCUUUUGUCUGCAGCUCUUGUACUAAAGCAUUUGCCAAAGCAUCUGAUUUAAAGAGACAUGAGAACAAUAUGCACAGUGAAAGGAAGCAAGUAACCACAGCCAGUGCCCUCCAAAGUGAAACAGAACAAUUACAGGCAGCUGCCAUGGCUGCUGAGGCAGAACAACAACUUGAAACUAUAGCUUGUAGCUAAAAGCAGGAGUGGACAUAUGCUGGAAAAUGUUUGGACUGAAAAACUCACUACUGAGCAAAGCAUUUUAGUGUGAUUUAAAAAGUAGGAAAUAUAGUUGCAAUUUGCAGCAAAAAACUCUCAUAUCAAGCAUGGAUAAGGCCUUGAUCAAGGCAUCCGUCCAGUUGGAUAUAAUUUUUUUAAAAGACUCUAGCUGGUGUCUUAUUCCUCUAUUUAAAAUAUUGGGUUUCAGUGCAUGCCUUGCCCUAUUGGAAUAAACUCUGCAUGUGGAAUGGAAGAUGUUACACUCCAAUGCUCAGUGAAAUUAAGACUAAGUAUUUGGAUUUAAGCUACUUUUGUUCCAUUGAUUCCAGUUGCUUGGCGCCCCAACCCUAAAUAUGUUUUCUAUGAUCUAGGAAAUUCCUAAAUUAGAGAUUGUCAUCAGUGGUGAGAAAUGAUAGAACAACUUGCCAAGUCAAAAAUAAAUACCUGUCAUUGGACUGCAAGUGUUAUAUGGCUAAGCCUCAUGGAUUUUAGUAGAAAGUAGUACCGUGUGAGUAAAGCAAGAUCAGAUUAACUCAAAAUCUGUUGGUUUCUUGGCCUAUAGAUUGUGCUGUUAGUGAACCGUUUAAUGAAUUAUGUCUGCUAAAACAGUUUUUUUUUUAAAAAAAACCUUGAAAUUAUGAGUUGGACUGAAUGUAAGAAUUACUUUGUAGGGGGGAAUGUAUUAAUUUCCAGUCUUCUAAUCAAAAUUAAUGAAAAUAUAAUAAGACUUUCAUAUUUUAUUUAUUAGUUCUUUGCAAUUGUUUAGCUCCAGUUUAAUCUACUGUCAUUGUUGAUGCAAGGUAUAUGAGCAGUAGAAACUAUUCUACUCCACCCCCCACCCCCCAAAUUGGAUGGCAGGCUGCAUGGAGUUCCCCAUCAAUUGAGAUUAUGAUUUCAAAUUUCAGAAGCAAAAUUACCCGCCUUCAGCAGUGUGACUUUUUUCCCCUCCCCUCUCCCACAGAAAUGGAAGUAGGAGACCUCAAGGAGGUCAGCUUUUCCCCAUGGCCUGAAAUUGCACCAUGAAACUUAGGCUAUUUUGCUGUUGAAGUUUGGUGGGAGUUGAAAAAUGGAAAUGGGAAUGGCUUGUCUUAUAGAAACAACUUUCCAUUAUAGAUUUUAUUUUUUUAAAAAACCCAAGACCCGAUAAAAUUGAUCAUGCUUCUUUCAGUGUUAUUGCACCAUCUAAUAGCCUCUUGCAGCCCUCCUUAUGAUGGACUUGGCCCUCAAACCACUGAAAGCUUGCCCAUCUCUAAUUAGAUAAUGAGUAAAGAACAUCAUGAGGUUUUUCUUCUCUUUUCUGGUCACUGGAUUCUGCAGUCUUAUUAACACAUAUUUGACACUAAGCUUCAUUCUACUUAGAACGUGCUCAUUGCAAACAUACACAGAAAGCAUAUGAUACAAUGCCUUUUUAUUUUAAGACAUGGAAUGAAGUGUUUUUUCAUUAUUACCCAUGGACAAGUUUUCAGGAAUGCUUUAAGGUUCUGUAUGAACCACUGGAGAUCUUGACUAUAUUAGAAAGAAAGAUUUCCUUUAAGAAUCGUACACUACAACCAAAAGCGUUCUGUCUCUCUUCCUUGUCAGCAUUUGGGUUUAGCAAAGCCACUUUUUGUCUUGAGCCUUUUUCUUCUAUAAGACCCAUUGGAUAUGUACCUGUCUGCUACUAUUUUUUUGCUUUCAUCUGCCCUGACAAAAGAAAGGAUUGCUAGCUGAUUUCUCGGCAAUGUCCUUUAAUAAUAUUUAAGAAGUUUUUUAUUAUUUUUCUGUAUCAUAAGAAAUAAAGAAGGACAAUAGGGAAAAAAGUAGAAUUCAAGUGUAAAUCCUCACUAAUGAGAUUAUAAUAGUCUCUGGGAUUUGGGGGUAUUUAGCAAGAAUAUACAUUGCUACUGUCGAGGCAGCAUAAUUAUCAAGGUUUUAUAUUCUAGUGCAGAUAUCAGAAUGGAGUUCAGGCAGUAAGUGUGACAAGGAAAAGAUACAGAGAAAAAGCUAACAUGACUUUGAAAACAGCUCAAAACAAAUUUACUUCAUUCACUUCCAAUUAAGUAGAGUAAAUUGUUUAUAAGACUUUUUUUAGCUGGUCCUGAACAUUAGAUAAUGAAUCAUAGUGCUCCUGAUAGUUCAGAGAGUCAAAAAAAGUUGCAGUUCACUCCCUAAACUGAAGGUAGGUUUGAACUAUGCAGAUUGUUCCAGGAGAAAUCAAGUUGAAAGAUUCCAGUUUAGCUUGCCAGACACCUUUUUCAAUAUGGAGGGGAAUUACUGAGCCCCAACUGCAACUUUAAAUAGCAUGGUGUCAGAUGUUGGCUUCUCAGGCUUUUAGUGACUUUUCCAUUAACUUUGGAAAAAUUGGGAUAAUGAAUUAUAGUCUGGAAAGAACAAUUCAGAACAAUAUAGUUACCACUUUUGAGUGGAAGAAGUUAGAAUUAGACAAUUGAAUGUUUUUUUUUUU